CUACAGGAUAACGGGAUCUCACGCAGUGGCCUGGAGCAACUACUAGCUAGCAGCGCCCGUCAACACCCAUUUCUCCCUCCGCCCUCCCUCUUACACUCAGAGAGCUUCAAGCGGAGCUCGGGGAGGGGCGUCCAUGGCGGGGACGACGCAGCUGGAGGCCGGCAGCCGCGACGAUUACACGGAGGACGGCACGACAGACCUCCACGGCAACCCCAUCCUCCGCUCCAAGCGUGGAGGCUGGAGAGCCUGCUCCUUCAUCGUAGUGUACGAGGUGUUCGAGCGUUUGGCGUACUACGGGAUCUCGUCGAACCUGGUGCUGUACCUGACGAAGGAGCUACACCAAGGCACGGUGCUGUCGGCCAACAACGUCACCAACUGGGUCGGCACCGUCUGGAUGACGCCCGUCAUCGGCGCUUACAUCGCCGACGCCCACCUGGGACGCUACCGCACUUUCAUGAUCGCCUCCGUCAUCUACCUCCUCGGAAUGAGCUUGUUGACGAUGGCCGUGUCGUUGCCGUCGCUGAAGCCGCCCAAGUGUGGCCUUGGCACGCCGGACGUAGCCUGCGAUCACAAGGCGUCGGGCGUGCAGCUGGGCGUCUUCUUCCUGGCCCUGUACAUCCUCGCGGUGGGCACGGGCGGCACCAAGCCCAAUAUCUCCACCAUCGGCGCCGACCAGUUCGACGAGCACGAGCCGCGGGAGCGCCGGCACAAGCUCUCCUUCUUCAACUGGUGGAUGUUCAGCAUUUUCUUCGGCACGCUCUUUGCCAACACCGUCCUCGUCUACAUCCAGGACAAGAUUGGCUGGACCGUUGGCUACGCUCUGCCCACUGCCGGCCUCGCCGUCUCUAUCGCCAUCUUCACUGCCGGCACGCCCUUCUACCGCCACAAGCCCACCUCCGAGAGCUCCUUCGCAAAGAUGGCCGGGGUCAUUGUCGCCGCCGUCCGGAAGUGCACCAUCGCAGCGCCCGUCGACCCGCGCGACCUGCACGAGCUGGAUCCCGAGCACUACGCCAAGAAGAAGACCACCCAGCUGCCCUACACGCCCAACUUUAGCAUGCUGAGCAAAGCGGCGGUGAGGACAGGAGGGAGCACGUCACGGUGGUCGCUCAGCACGGUGACACAGGUGGAGGAGACUAAGCAGAUGCUCAAGAUGCUGCCCGUGCUGGCCAUAACGUUCGUGCCGAGCGCGAUGCUGGCACAGAUCAACACGCUGUUCGUGAAGCAGGGCACGACGCUGGAACGGCAUGUGGGUUCCCAAGACGGCUUCGAGAUCCCACCGGCAAGCCUGCAAGGGUUUGUGACCAUCUCCAUGCUCGUCUCCGUGGUGCUCUACGACCGCCUCUUCGUGCCUUUCAUGCGGCGGCUGACCAAGAACCCGCGGGGCAUCUCGCUGCUCCAGCGGAUGGGCGUCGGGCUCGUCUUCCACAUCGUGAUCAUGGCCAUUGCAUCUGUGACGGAGCAUCACCGGCUGGACGUGGCGCGGGCGAACGGCAUCUUUGAGAGCAAGGGGACGACGAUCCCGCUCUCCAUCUUCGUGCUGCUCCCGCAGUUUGUGCUCAUGGGUGUGGCCGACGCCUUCCUGGAGGUUGCCAAGAUCGAGUUCUUCUAUGACCAGGCUCCUGAGGGCAUGAAGAGCCUCGGCACGUCCUACUCCAUGACUAGCCUCGGCAUCGGCAACUUCCUCAGCAGCGCGCUGCUGUCCACGGUGUCACAUUUGACACGGCGGCAUGGCAGCGGAGGGUGGAUCCAAAACAACCUCAAUGCCUCGCGGCUUGACCUCUAUUAUGCCUUCUUCACCAUGCUCAACUGUGCCAACCUCGUUCUCUUCUUUGCCGUGUGCCGGAUGUACGUGUACAACGUUGAGGUCACCCAUGGCGUUGAUGGUGACGGGGAGAAGAAAGGAGAAUUAGUUGUGAUACAACCAUCCGCUGUUGUAGGUGCAUUGGACAUGUAAAAAAAACCGGAGUCGAAUCGAGGGUUGUGAAAUACACACAGAAUGGCACAAUUACAGUGAUGAAACAGCAACCACAAAAAGAUGCAGAAAA